AUGUGGAUGCUGGUAGCUGAUAGCCCAAGUUGUUUGACUGGCUCAGGCUUUGUAGUUUGCAAGACCAGGUUACGAAUUCCGAAAGAUGAUUUUGAGUUCAGAUUGAACACCUCAACUGCAUAUCGUGUCUUAAGUGUGUUACAAGACCUACAAGACAAAGGAAUGACGUGA